AGACUUCUGAUAAUGCUUCUGCUGCACACAGGACCUGCCUUGCUCUGUCCUGCUGACACACUUGGCAGCCAAAGAUGACUCUUGCUGCUCCAGGGCCUCCCCCUGCCUCAGAUUUCAGCUCAGCACGUCCAGCAGCCUGGCUCAUGGCUCUGCUAUUCUCCUUGAUCCUCGCCAUUUGCACUGGACCUGGUCUCUUAGACGCCCAGCCAAGGUCCCACCCCUUUGGUGGGUCUCCGUCCAGAGUGCGGGUGGUGGGAGGUGACCACCGCUGCGAAGGGCGGGUGGAAGUGCAGCAGGACGGCAAGUGGGGCACCGUGUGUGAUGAUGGCUGGGACAAGAACGAUGCAGCUGUGGUGUGCCGGGAGCUGGGCUGUGGAGCCGUCAAGAGGGCAAUCAGUGGUACUUCGUUUGGACCACUGACGCAAGAAGAUCAAAAAAUCUUCAUCCAAGAAUUCAAAUGCAGUGGCAUGGAAGAGAGCCUGUCUCAGUGUGAAAGGGAGGAUUUUUUCGACUGCACCCACGAGGAAGACGCAGGAGUUGUGUGUGGAUUCCCACAGACCGUGCGGCUGGUUGAUGGCCCCAAACCCUGCCAGGGCCGAGUAGAGGUGAAGCACCAAGGGGAGUGGGGCUCCGUGUGCAAAGCAAGCUGGAGCUUCGCAGCCGCCAAGGUGGUAUGCCGGCAGCUGGGAUGCGGACGGGCCAUACUGACCCGGAAAUGCUGCAACAAAGCCACCCAGGGCCAAGGGCCCAUCUGGCUGAGAAAGGCAUCAUGCUCAGGAAAAGAAAUCAGCCUUCAGGAUUGCCCUUCUGGGGUUUGGGAAAAGAGCAACUGCACCCACGAUGACGACAUGUGGGUGGAAUGUGAAGAUCCCUUUGAACUGCAGCUGGUGGGAGGAGACGACCGCUGCUCUGGGAGGCUAGAGGUGCUGCACAAGGGCGAGUGGGGCACCGUCUGUGAUGACGGCUGGGGAGAAGAAGCGGACCAGGUGGUAUGCAGGCAGUUGAGCUGCGGGGACCCCCUCUCUCCAUCUGCCAAAUUCCGGAGAAGAUUUGGCCCUGGGGUCGGCCGCAUCUGGCUGGACGACGUUGCUUGCUCGGGAAAGGAGAGGUCCCUGGAGCAGUGCCCACACAGAUUUUGGGGCCAACACGACUGCAGCCACACAGAGGACGUGGCUGUGGUCUGUGCAGAAUAGUGGCCUGGCCUACCUGAAGCUCGACCCAACCCCCACACAGCUCCCAAGUGUCCCCUACUUCUCAUGGACCCUGAUUGGCCCGGCCUGAGCCCUGGGCUGCAGGCUGUACCCGCCUCCCGCCCUCCCCCAGCAGGCAUCUGAACUCUGUGCCCUGUCUUGCUCUGGAGACAAGCGCUCCCGUCAUUGCCUGGAGAUGCAAGCUGUUGAAUGCCCUCUGCCAGGGAAGACGAGCUCACGGUCACCAUCUCCUCAUCGCAGACCCCUGGCACCGGCUCCGACCUGUGCGGCCUCUUCUCGCCCUGCCUGGGAUCCCCAGGCUGGUGCUCUGACCCGUAAGGGCAUCAUCUGUGUCUGUAGAGAGCAUGAAAGGAACCAGACCAUUACGUGGAACUUGGGGGGAAGCUUUGAGUCUUUUAGCUCUUUUUCUCAUGCUUGGGGUGAUCCCAGCAAUUGAAAGCACCUCACUGGCCUCCUGCCUCUCAGUGAUGGCACGUUCUUUCGGGAGCGGAGCAGCGUCCUGUAACCCUAGACGCUUUCACGGUACUUGGAAGCGAUGCCUGCCCCCCCCGCCACGAAUGCCUGCAAUGAAACCCCUUUGUCGACCCUCCAUCACGGCUAACCAACGUGGUUGCCUUUAAUCAAGAAGGGUCUCACGAAUGCGUUCUAACUGAUCCAAGGAAGUGUGUUGGCGGUGGGGCUGCCUCUGGAAGGAGGGGAGGCCGAGGCCGAAGGCGGUUGGGGAGGCGGGCGCUGUGCUUCUUGCCGAUCAGAUGACACCACUUACCCUGUAUCCCGUCCGACACUGGCACCUGCAAGCCUGAGGCACAGUGAUGCUAGGGAGAGGAUUGGGACUUCACUCUAAAACUCGGCAGCCUUGGACUCUGAGGCUAAGCUGAGCACCUGAUGUAUGCCUGCAUUUCCGAUGCCUAAUAAAGCGGACCGCACGGUCUCUACAGCUGC